AUGGCAGAGACUCAUGGUCUGAUGGAGAGACUGGAGAAAGCAGUGACUCGACUUGAAUCACUAUUUUCAGACUCACACAGAUCUGGUGGAAUGGAGUGUGAUGCCAUCAAUGGAGUCAAUGGAAGCAUAGCACCAUAUGUUGAAGCCUUUGAUAGGCUGCUGAAUGGAAGUGUUGCUGAGUUUCUCAGGUACAGCAGGAUUCUUGAAGGUGAUGUGAAGACACACGCAGAGAUGGUACGUGCUGCUUUCCAAGCGCAGAGGUCUUUCCUGGUGUUAGCAUCCCAAUGUCAAGAGCCUCAAGAGAACGAGGUGGCAAUGCUUCUCAAGCCAAUAUCAGAGAAGAUUCAGGAAAUCCAGAACUUCAGAGAAAGGAACAGAGGAAGUAUAAUGUUCAACCACCUCUCAGCUGUCAGUGAAAGCAUACCUGCCCUUGGGUGGAUAGCAGUGUCUCCUAAACCAGGCCCUUAUGUCAAGGAGAUGAAUGAUGCUGCUACCUUUUAUACUAACAGGGUAUUAAAGGACUACAAGCACAGUGAUGCACGCCAUGUUGAUUGGGUGAAGUCAUAUCUGAACAUCUGGUCUGAGCUUCAAGCUUAUAUCAAAGAGCAUCAUACCACAGGUCUCACCUGGAGUAAAACUGGUCCUGUAGCAUCACCCAUGUCUAUGCGGUCUGUUCUAACAAGCAGCUCAUGCCUCUCCCCACCACCACCGCCACCACCUGGACCUCCCCCCAUCUUCGAUACAGAAACUGUAAAGGAUGAAGGAACUGCAUCUCGCUCUGCCCUGUUUGCACAGCUUAACCAGGGAGAGGCAAUUACCAAAGGGCUUCGGCAUGUCUCUGAUGACCAGAAGACUCACAAGAACCCUAGCCUACGCGCCCAAGGUCCAUCUGUUCGUUCUCCAACAAAAAGCCAUACUCCAAGUCCCACCUCUCCCAAGAAUUCCCCGCAGCAGAGCCAUGCCCCUGUCUUGGAGCUAGAGGGAAAGAAGUGGAGAGUGGAAUAUCAAGAGGAUAAAAAUGACCUGGUCAUUACCAACACUGAACUCAAGCAAGUGGCCUACAUUUUUAAGUGUAACAAAUCUACACUUCAGAUAAAAGGAAAAAUCAAUUCAAUUACUAUUGACAACUGUAAAAAAUUUGGCCUUGUGUUUGACAACGUUGUGGGAAUCGUGGAAGUGAUCAAUUCCAGGGAUAUUCAGAUUCAGGUGAUGGGGAAAGUGCCAACCAUUUCUAUUAACAAAACAGAAGGCUGCCACAUCUACCUCAGUGAGGAAUCACUAGAUUGUGAGAUUGUGAGUGCCAAGUCAUCCGAAAUGAACGUCCUCAUCCCCCAAGAUGGUGAUUAUAAAGAAUUUCCGGUUCCUGAACAGUUCAAGACAGCAUGGGAUGGAUCUAAGUUGGUCACUGAACCUGCAGAGAUUGUGGGUUAACUCCCUAAUGCCAUGCAGCACUUGCUGACCGUGACCAGACCACAGCCAGCAUGAACAAAGCAGUAAUGUAAAGAACUAGAAGUAGCAGUAGCUCAUACUGCUGUGAUAGGCCUUCAAGCAUUAGCUCUGCAUGAUAGAAACUAUAACACAUCUGGCACCCUUUUGUUAGGCAUCCUAGUACUUUUCACGUUUCCACAGUUUGCCUUCACAUACAUUUUUAAUCCUCCAUGAUUUCAUGUGAAUGUAAUAUAUGAAAACCCCCACCCUCCAGUCACAUCAUUGGUUUGAAACACUGUAUACAUUAAGCCAAAAUACUGCAUGAUACACUUUGUUAUCAUCUUGCUUCAGUGCAUUCCUUUUUAUGUUUCUGCUAAUCGAAAUCAGCAUUAAGACUUUAAGAUGUUUAUUUUUACCUAUGAAGCAAUUUCUGUAUGAUGCAGUAAAAAUGCACCCCUAGAAAGUAUGCAGUUUCUUGUAGUUCUGGGGCAAUCAUACUGGGGUUUGUUUUAAACAAGCA